UUCACAUUCGUUGAAGUUGAGAAGGGUUCAGCACUGCGUCGGAUCUUGACUUAUCAAUAUUUGGAGUCAAUUUUGCUGCCAGAGAAAAGCUGCAAGCUACAGGAGGUGAAUCAGGGAUAAGACAACAUGAGUGACCGUUUUGACUGUGGCGAGUGCAAGGAGUCCCUGUACGGACGCAAAUACAUCCAGGUGGAGGACGUUCCCCACUGCAUCCCCUGCUAUGACCGCCUGUAUGCCAACACAUGUCAGGAGUGCAAGGAGCUCAUCGCACACAAUGCACGGGAGCUGUUCUACGAGGACAGACAUUACCAUGAACACUGUUUCCGUUGUUUCCGCUGCGACCGCUCCCUGGCAGACGAGCCCUUCACCAGCCAGGAGGAGGCGCUGCUGUGCAACGACUGUUACUGCAAUGAGUUCUCCUCCAAGUGUGUGGCCUGCGACAAGACCGUCAUGCCAGGCUCAAAGAAGUUGGAGUAUGAGGGCUCUGCAUGGCACGAGAACUGCUUUGUGUGCCAUGGCUGUGAGAAGCCCAUCGGUGCCCAGUCCUUCAUUCCAGACAAAGACCACUACUACUGUGUACCGUGCUACGAGGGCAGGUUCGCCCCGCGAUGCAGCCACUGCAAAAAGGCACUGGCAACAGGGGGUGUGAGCUACAAGGAUGAGACGUGGCACAAAGAGUGUUUCGUGUGCACAGGAUGCAAGAUCCCACUGGCCGGCCAGCCCUUCACCUCCCAGGGAGACACGCCCUACUGCGUCAAGUGCUUCAGCAGCAUCUACGCACAGAAGUGUGCCUCCUGUAACUCGCCCAUUACAGGGUUUGGCGAGGGGAAGUAUAUUUCUUUCCAGGAUCGUCAAUGGCACCAGCCCUGCUUCAAGUGCUCCCGCUGCUCCGUCUCUCUGGUUGGGGCUGGCUUCUUCCCCGACCGUGACCAGAUCUUGUGUGGAGACUGCAACAACGACCAAGAAGACCAAUGAGAAUCAAUGUCUUCGUCCUUCAACUGCACCUGACCAAUCACAAAUGUACAGUAAUAGCUAACAAGUUUGUAACACAGUGGUGUCCACUUCCAGGUUUGUUAACAUCUACAGUACAGUACAGAGAGCAUCUAAACCUCAACAUAUUAAAGCAAACACUACAUUUUAUACUACAUCACCUUAAAUAUAUUUAUAUAAAUAUAUUUUUAAAAUUAAAUCAGCGUUGCAUGUAUUCUAUGUUGUUAAACUGCCUUUACAACAUAAAGCACAUUGAAAUGUAUGUUUAAAGUCAGCAAAUAACACAAGUAUGAUGUAACUAAAGCUUUUCCUCUUGUAAUUUGUAAUAUAUUUUUUCACACAAAUACAUUAAAUAUUUUUUUCCUAAAGUAUCGUACAUAUUAAUGCACCUGACCUGGGCUCUGCUGAAAUAUGGUGUUAGUGAUGCACAUAUAGUGUGAACUAAAUAUUUGAAGUGCCUUAACAGCUGUAUUUUAUUGCAGCAAUAUAAGAAAUGAUCCAAAUGUUGUCAGAGCUCAGCUUGUCAAUAAUAUUUAACUUUUUUUUUCUCUUCACCUUUGUAUCCUUUUAUAUAAACCAAGAUUGCCUUUCUUGCCUUGUUUUUGUACGCUGAAUUGUAACUAUUGUGUAGUGUUACUACUCUAAAGAAAUAAAGCGUAAUUUAUUUACUGUAAUAAUAACGCAACUGGAUCAGAAUACUGUAUUUGUAAAGAUGAAUAUAUUCUAUUUCUCAAAAUGGGCCAAAGGAAACCUUUCAUAAGGCUUCUUUGCUGUGUGUAUUGUCUUCUGAUGAGAACAGCCUUCAGACUUCUGCAUACAUUACACAUGACUUUCCUUACUCAACCCCGCGUGUGAACAGAUUUCAUCAUUUUUACAUUGAUUAUGCCAGGGUGGUGGUGCCCAGUGGCCACUCCCUGGAAUCCAGGGAGAGUUCAGGCAGACCAACACAAAACACAUUGUAGCAGAGGUACAAACUGUCCCCAAAAGGCUCAUUGAAUCUUUAUUCAAUGUGGAAUGUAGCUUUCUUCAAAAUACUCAAUGACUUGCUAAAGCCACUUUUUGAUAAUGGGCUGUAAAAAGCUUUACAUGGUCUACGCAAUGGAUCCAACAGUUCUACGUACUGUUGUGCUCCGUAGCUCCGUUUGCGCAGACUUUGAAUUAACUGAGCAUGGCACUAUGGCAACUUUAUAGCACUAUGAAAAAAAGCCCAUGCCCUCCAUAUGUACCUCACAAGACUACACAGAGAACAAAAAGUAGCUGGCCUUUUAAACCAAGUUGUUUCUACAGUUAAAAACAGAUAUGUUGGGUCACGUGGGUCGAAAGCGAGACACAAGACUGUUCACACAUUCAUACAGGAUUGACAACCCCAUGUGUGUAGUAAGUUCAACUGAAGUUGACAGGAAGUGAGGGGCAUAGCCUCUGAAGUCACAAGUGCAUGUGCUUGAGGAGCCACCCCUCUGGGACCAGUGUCAACACCCAGGUCAAUGCAGUGUGUAUGCAUCAGUCAAGAAUGGGGCUGAUAAAGACUUACAUAUGCAGGAUUCCUAUAUGCAUGAUUUCCAGGAACUGGAAAUUACAGAUAAUAGUAAUAGAUUAAAAUGUAUCUCUUGUUCCAAACA